AUGUUGGGGAAGAGUAAGAGAUGUGAAGAGAAGACUGGACCACAUGUCUACAUCAACGUGCAGAGGAUUGGAGAUGUCCAGCAGCUGAACGGUAAUCCAGAAGAAGUUUCCCCUCAGUUAGGGGGGAGCUCCACUUUGAAGCAGGAGACUCCACAACCACCCUGCAUUAAAAAGGAAGAGGAGGAACUCUGCAUCACUCAGGAGGGAGAGUGUCUUCUAGGACGAGAGGAAGCUGAUUACACCAAGUUUCCACUGAAUAUUCUCUCUGUGAAGACUGAAGAUGAUGAAGAGAAACCACAAGUAGACAACCUCUUAGCUCCACUAUCAGAUAGUGAGGCUGAAGACGAGGUUGAAGUAACUUUGAGCAGCGACACAGACUGUGAAGGUGAUAUGAGGACUCACACUGACAACAAACACUCUGAAUGCUCUACAAAGAAGAGAGGUAAAACAUGUUUGAGCUGUUCAAUUUGUGGUCAACGUUUUACUAAAAAGAGCCAUUUGACUCGACACAUGAGAACACACACAGGUGAAAAACCCUUUAAUUGUUCAGUUUGUGGCAACGGCUUUUCUCAAAAUAGCUCUUUGACUCUACACAUGAGAACACACACAGGUGAAAAACCAUUUAAUUGUUCAGUUUGUGGAAAAAGCUUUUCUGUUAAGAGAUAUUUGACUGAACACAUGAGAACACACACAGGUGAAAAACCAUUUAGUUGUUCAGUUUGUGGCAACAGCUUUUCUCAAAAUAGCUCUUUGAUUCAACACAUGAAAAUACACACAGGACAAAAAACAUUAAAUUGUUCAGUUUGUGGCAAAAGCUUUUCUCAAAAUUACUCUUUGACUCAACACAUGAGAAUACACACAGGUGAUAAAACAUUUAAAUGUUCAGUUUGUGGCAAAAGCUGUUCUGUUAAGAGAUAUUUGACAGAACACAUGAGAACACACACAGGUGAAAAACCAUUUUGUUGUUCAGUUUGUGGCAAAAGCUUUCCUUAUAGCAGCUCUUUGUGUCGACACAUGAGAACACACGCUGGAGAAAACCAUUUAGUUGUUCAGUGUGCUGUAAAAGAUUCCCACAUAUUGCAGACGCAGUGAAACACACAAGAACACACAAGGGAAAAUAACCAAUUAGCUAUUUAGUUUGUGGUAUGUUGCUCAUAUGUGGCGACAUCCACCCUACCCAGGACCUCCUCACUGCUUCUUUCACAAAUAUCUGAGGUAUUCAUACAGACUUGGAUUAUUUGGAGCGUAAUCUUUAUCAACUCAUGACCCCAUGUCUUCUCUGUAUCUGAAACCUUCCUGAACAGUAAGAUAGAUGAUGCUUCAAGUGCUUGGUUACUCCUUCUUCAGUCCAGGGACCUGGGGCCUCAUGUGUCAAGUUUGUGCACGCUCAAAAACCUGCACUACACCCUUUUUCACGGCAAAGUUGACAUGUAUCAAAACUGACGUUGACCCAUAAGGGAUGCUGGGUAACUGUUUGCAUAACAAACUGCCAACUUUUACUCCUCAGACUGAUUGAUGUGCAAAUCAGAGACAUAUGAACAAUUAACCCCCAACACCCACAACCCAACCCCCACCUCCCUCGACAUUCGGACAUGACGGGUUCAAUCCGGCCCGCGAGAUGAAUUUGCAAAGAGUAUAAGUCAGCUGCAUGUUUAAUUAAAUAAACUGCUGUUCUAAAUGUGUCCACUGGAUGUCGCAAUAGUAAUUCUGUUAGGCAAGCAAAUAGCAUAGCAAGUAUACCAAGCAAGAGGUACACGGUAAAGCGGGGCUGUGACUCCUCCCCCUCCACCCAACGUAAAACAGGAGUAAUAUAAGCAAUCAGUAACCCCACUUAAUAUUUGGAAAUGACAAAUGAGGUAUUUGAUACGUAGAAUAGUUUUUAUUCAUGUUACGGGGCACGCGCAGUCUGCUUCUCCUUCCUCUGCGGGAGCACUUGGAGGAGCCGCUGACAGCGCGCUCGGACACGCCCCUGCUCGCGCUGAGCGCAGCACGCCCACGCAGCGACAAGCCUGCAAACCUGGGACUGAUGAGGGCGAGCUGUAUAAAGGACCAGUGAACCAAGGAUCGACGCGGGAACUUAGUUACUUCUUUGUGUACCGUAAGACUUAUGCUCGCUCUCUGUUGUUGUUUUCCUUCUGUGAUUCUGACGUCCGUGUUGCUCUCCCGCAGUGCCUUCCCGAGUCUUCCCUCUUGGUGAUCUCCCGUUGUUCCCCCUGUGUUUUGGACUGCCUUCCUCGUUUCCCGACUCCUCGCUCGCCCCUGGACUCUGACGUCCCUCUCUCGCCCCGGAUCACCUGCCUGCCCCAUGGACUGCCUCGUUCGCUCUCGUCAACACUUGGUAACACACUUCAGCUAACUACACACAUAGUCUUACACCACACACUUUUGUAUUUUGGUCACACACUCCAUUGAGUGUAUAUUAUUG